AUGUCGGCGCCUAACGCUGGUCCCCGAGCACCGAGUAGUGCUCAGGAUCUUGAGAGUCAACAUUCCUCUGAAAGGAGUCCACUCUCCAAUUUCGGCUUUCUAAAGACCCUCGGUCUUGACAAGAAACAAACCAAAGAUGGCGCAGCUCCCAAACGACGCGGGCCCAAGCCCGACAGCAAACCUGCUUUGACUCGCAGACAGGAACUUAACAGACAAGCCCAGAGAACGCAUCGGGAACGCAAGGAGAUGUACAUCAAGGCUCUCGAGCACGAGGUGCUCCGCCUCAAGGAACUUUACGGAUCCAGUAUCUCCGAUCGUGAUGCCGUCGUCGGCGAGAACAAGCGAUUGAAGGAACUCCUCCUCGCCCACGGCAUUCCUCUCGAUAGUCUGCAAUCCCUCCCUGCCAUGCGAGGUAUACCUGCCUCGUACAAUGGCAGCUCGAGUGGCAGUAUCUCUGGCAGUUACCGUCAAGACUCCAGCACUGCUGGCUUCAGUCCUUCUCCUCUUCGCUCCCAGGAUUCCAAGCCCAUGGCAAGUGCAGGUCAACUACCUGCUCAGCACCUGGAUUAUGAUCAGAUUGGCAUUGAUUUCGUUCUCACUCUCGAACGCCCUUGUAUGGAUCAUAUGCAAUACCUUGUGGUCCGUUCACACAACCCUGAGGGACAGCCCUUCCAUCACCCCAUGGAGCGGCCUGAUGAUACAGAGUACGACCACAUGUGCGGCCAUGCGCUCAUGGCGACCUGCCCUCCAGCUUCACACAUUAUGAACAAGCCUGGAGAUCCAUACGGCCACAGAAUGCCAGACCUGAAGGCACCUGACCUCAUGAAGCUGCUCGAUCUCAGCGCCCAGUUGCCUCUCGAAGGCGAGUUGACACCCGUCAUGGCCUGGAUGUUGCUGCUGCAGAACAGCAGAGUAUCUGAGAUGAACGCUCAGGACUUUGAGCUCGUCAAGGCUGACCUCGCAGGAAAGGUCAGAUGCUACGGUUUUGGAGCCGUCUUGGAAGAGUUUGAGGUGCGCGAUGCUCUUAGCAAUCUUUUCAUUGCCAAGGAGAACGUGUCACUCGGCCAGGUCCCGAUGCCUCAGCAGAUUGAGGCUUAUUGA